AUGCUUGAGGACUUAAGACAGAAUAUCGAAAACGAAUUUAAAUCAAUGUAUAAAGAGGCUGAGAAAAUGGCAGACUUAUUGGAUAUUAAUAUUUCUAUCAAACGCAUAAGCAAGAAACAGACAAAUCGGACAAAUAUAUUUUCUGAGGAUAAGACGAUUCAUCCUGAAACUUACUAUAGAAUUACCAUAGCAAUACCGUACAUUGAUUCUUUUAUUAAUAAUUUAAAAGAAAGGUUUCUUGUCCACAAAAAUAUUUUAAAAGGUUUUCAAUGUAUAUUUUCUGGCAACAUUGGUUUUCAAGAAUUUGAAGAACUUAUAAAUUUUUAUCUUGACUGUGAUGUCCAGACAGUAAUUGCUGAGUUAAAAAUCUGGCAUUCAAAACUUAAUGUAACAAAUAAAAAUCCUACGAUAGCUAUAGAUGCCCUGAGAUUAUGUGAUGCCUCAGUAUUUCCAAAUGUGCACCAGCUACUUAAAAUACUAUGUACCUUACCGGUGUCCACAUCGACACCCGAAAGAACGUUUUCAUGCCUUAAAAGGCUGAAAACAUACUUAAGGAAUACGAUGGCUGAAACUCGACUAAAUGGAUUAACUUUGCUAUCAAUUCACCGAGAAGUUUCUAUUACGCCCGAAGAAAUUAUAGAUAUUAUGUCACAACAAUCAAGAAAAAUAGACAUUAUAUUGUAAACUUUAUAGUGUACACAUUUUGUAGAAAAAAUAAAAUAAGUUUUUUUUAUACAAAAA